UCAACAUCUGCUUCUUUAAAUGAUCUAUACACUAUGACCGCACCGACGAUGCAGCAACCUGUCGUCCCCCCUCGCCCGUCCAAGAGCCCGGCCAAAGACUUCCUGUCGGCCACGCCUCCUCCUGUAAUUCCACCGCGGCCGGCCAACAAGCGGAUUGACCGCUCAAAAUCGCCCAAUCCCGAUCGAUUCGCACAGUCGCCUUUUACCGAUGGCGUCAUACCUCCAAAGUCCCUUGCUGGCCAGUUAGGCAGCGACAGCAAUGGGGGCUCCCAGGAGUCUCUCGACCACAAUGAGAGCGUGCCGAUGCCUUCUGUGGGCGAGGAAGGCAUGGAGUACAGCAUCAUUGCCUCGGAGCUGCAGGGAGAGAGCACCGACUCUGCGGAACAGACUCGCUCCGUAGCCGAGGACCUGAAGCUCCAUGCCCCGAAGCCGUCCCUGCCGGCGUCGAGUGCCCAGCAGCGACUCAAAACCGUCACCCGCACCGAUUCGGACAAGGCUGCCUCGUUUGGCAUUGGAAAGCCAGGAUACCUUGAAGGGCGUUCGAGCUCUCGAAACGCACUGAGGAAGAAGUCCAGCACCAGCUUCUCCACCACGAGCGAGCAAGACCACCAAACCGAUGAUGAGCAUGGCAUUCCCGAGAUUGGACAACGAGUCCCUAUGAACCCGCAUCUCGGUGACGUCCAAGCCCCGUCGCCUGCCCCAGGCUCAGAAGGAAACGGCAAGAACCACAACCGCAGACACAGCUCUCGUGGUCUCCCCCCCGGAAGCUAUGGAAUGCACGGCCACGGCGUUGAGUCGCAAGAUGAACUCGACAGGGCCUACUACAAGAAGCAUCCCGAAUUGCUGCAGAGGGAGCUUCACACUCCACUAUAUGAUCGCCCGAAUGAGUUUGCCAUGAGCAGCAACGAUCUCAACAAGCUGGUCCGGGACACGCCCAACCGUAGAUCUGGCAUAGAUUUCCGCGAACAUGAGGGAACUCCCAAUGACGAGGUUGCGUUCCAAGCUCACGAGGAGUAUGCCAGCCGUAUGGCCACUCCGCGCCCCGUCUCCAUUGUGUCCAACAAUGGCGCUCCGCUGGAGGAUCCCGGAUCUGAGGACAAGCCCAUCCACGUAGAUGACCCCAAGUACCCCGAACACUAUGGCUAUGGCGCCGAGAGUCCCGUUGAUACUCCCGAGGACGACCUUGAAGCGCCUAUCCUCGCUGCGGAUGAGAUUGAGAAGGAUAUGACCAAGCCUGCACAGCACCCGGCCAUUCGCCCGCACCUCGACCGCAAUGCCAGCUCGCAUGACGGCACAAACCGCCCGACCAGCCGCCCCAACAGCCGGCCCACGAGUAUCUACAACUCACUCAACACUCAUGAGUUUGACCCCACUCCGCUGGAAGACGUACACGAGUACGAGCCUCUGUUUCCUGAUGAGGCGGCCAAGAAGGAAGAGGAAGAGAAGCGUGUCAGCAAAGACAGCUCCAAGGCGCGCCACCACUUCCCUAGCAAGGAUGUCUGGGAAGAUGCGCCGACCAGCCAUCACUACACCACUGAGGUGUCGACCCCCGACAACGUAGACGAGGAGGAGCAGCACCGAAGGAAGUCGUCGACGCACCACGACAAUCGCCCCAUUACCCCGGCCCAAGCGUUUGCCAUGCAGCAAGAAGAGCUCGCGGAGAGGGAAGCAAGUGGGAAGAAGCACAACUUCCUGCCCAUCCUGGAGCACAAGCCGCCGUCUUGGGUUGAUCACCAGCCACACCUGAAGAGUGGAAGGUCGAGCGCGAACCACCGGUUCCCCAGCAAGGACGUGUGGGAGGACACCCCGGAAAGUCUGCUCUACCAGGCCGAAAUUGAGGAAAAGCCAAAGGAUGAGAAGAAGCCCGAGAUCCCUGCUCGGCCCUCCAAGAAACUGGCCGAGUUGCUGUCGCACAAGCCCGCCGUUCCCGACCGUCCGAAGCCCAAGACCCAGGCCAGUGAUGAUGCCAUCAAGCCAUCAAUACCUUCUCGGCCCGUCAAGAAACUUUCUGGCGACUCCAAGGACGGUGAGGCCCCUAAGCCGAAGCCGCCGGUUCCAUCCCGACCUGCUGGUGGCAAGAUCGCCGCGCUCCAAGCUGGUUUCAUGAGUGACUUGAACAAGCGUCUGCAGCUCGGCCCUCAACCGUCAAAGAAGGAAGAGACGGAAAAGUCUACAGCAGAAGAGGAAAAGGAAAAGGUCCCGCUGGCUGACGCAAGGAAGAGUCGGGCCAGGGGACCGCAGCGUCGUGCUCCAACCAAGGCUGCGGCUCCGGCUGCGGCCCCGGCCGCGACGAAAGACGCUGCCCCUGCCACCCUUUCCAUCUCUCAGCCACAGACAAUCUGGAACAUUGAUCCUGAACAUGGCGAUGUUCACGUUGUCUCUGACUCUGCCGACGUGCCUGUAAAGGGAGCUUCUGAGACUGCCCCGGAAUCGGAACAGCUACCGCCUCAGCCAACGGAGAGCGAAAAUUCUGCUGAGUUGGAAAAGCCUCAGGCAGUGGAAGAGGAGAAGAAGGAGCCGGAAGUCCCCGUCCAGGUAGCGGAACCUGAGGCUCUCAAAGAAUCCCCAGAGCCCGUCGAGCCUUCGGAACAUGCAGCUCCCGAGCCGGCGCCGGUGUCUGAACCUCUGGCCGAGUCUGAAGAACCCAAGAGUUCUGAAAUCGCCAAGGAAGAGUCCACAGAAGCCGAGAAGCCGAAGGAGCCCGCGACGUCAGAAGAGCCGGCGAAAUCAGAGGAGCCGGCCAAGUCUGAGGAACCCGCCAAGGUAGAAACUCUCGCGGCGAACAUGGCUGGCGAGAGCAUCCUCGAGGCCAAGGUGGAGGAGAAGGACGACACCAAGGAGAUCGAGCCGGUGGAAGUCAAGGACGAGGUCAAGUCCUAGGGUGGCCAUG